AUGCCUGGUGGAAAAAUCCUGUUCCAGGCAUCCAAAAAUGGUCCUGACCCUCUUGGUGUAACAAAUGGUUUAAAAAAGGAAUCCUCAUCAAGCACAACCCCUGUGAAAUCACAAGGAAAGUGUGAUCGUCCGGGACACCUUUGCCAAACAUUUGUGUUUUCUAAAAUUAUAUAUCUAAAAUCCUUCCAUUUUUUAAGCGUUGUUGAACUAGUGAAUCAUAAAACUAAAAAAAGAUCUAAACAUGUAGGAUGUAAAUGUUAUUAUUGCCACCCUUUCGUUAAUCAGAUUUUAAAGAAAAAUAGAGAGUUAAAAAUGGCUGCUGAACUUGGAAGAAAGAUGCUUGAGGAAAAUGAUGGUUUGCGGGGAAUGUACAAUGAGCUGGAGCAUGAGCAUGAAAAGACAGUUAAAGAACUUGAAGAGGAAUUAUCAACUGUUGUCAUGGAGAGAGAUGGACUUCAAAAGUCUCUUAAAGUUUUGCAGGAAGAAUAUCAAAGCGUUGCUAAGGAGGCAAAGGAAUACAAAAAUGCUUUGGAAACACAAGCUCUCCAAGAAGACAGAGUACAAGAACAGCUACAGAAAGACAAUCGAGAAUUGCUUCAGAAAAUACAAGCCCUCCAACUGGAGAAAGAGCAGACCCUGGAGACAUUAACUAAAUUUGAACAAGAGAAUUACCAACUUCUAGACAAGUGCAAGGAACUGGAAGGUAACAUUGAAUCACUGAACAAUGAUCAGCGGUCUGCAACAAUUGAGAACUCUGAAUCCUUGGCAUUGACAGAGGAGCUUCAAGCCAAAUUAGCAAAGCUCAUGGUAGAAAAGGAGGAGCUCAUGAAGGCUGUGGAGUUAUCUAGUGAUUCCUGUAAUGAGAAAGAGGAACAAGAGGUUAAGGAUCUUAAGGAUCAAAUAGAAAAGCUACUUUUGGAAAGAAAUGAACUCCAAUGUAGAUUUGAUCGCCUUGUGCAGGAGGGAGGAGCUGAAGUUAGAAGUGAGCCUGGCAUGGGUCAAGUUAUUAGGGAACAUUUUGUUAUGGAAAAUGAGGAGCUUAAAGACAGGAACGAGGUUAGAUUUUACGUUAUUGCGUGUACCAUCCCUACUAUUACAGGUUUGCAUUUAAGGGCUGUAAUCCAUAAUGUCAGCUGUUAUGGCUGAGUACAGGUUAAUGUGUGAACUGCCUUUUGUUGAUGCAAUUUACCCAUAAAGUAACAAGUUUGUCUGGGGUGGGAAGAUCAAGGUACAGAAAAACAAAGAACAAGAACAAGAACAA